AUGGCUCAAUGCCCUCAUAGUAGCUCGCAGGCUUUGCAACCGCCAUCUGAAUCCCAAGCUGUCUAUCGCGAAGAGUGUACGCAAUGUUUUGACUCUGUGGAUGAGGAGACUGGCCUAAAUGUAUGCCUCAUUUGUUUCAACGGCGGCUGUACAGGAGAUCGAAACCAUGCCUUGCUUCAUUACAAGCGCUUUUGCCAUCCAUUAGCACUGAACAUCAAGAGGUCGCGAAAGAAGAUACAGCGUGGCGAACCUCCACAGAAAAUCUCAAGGCUCGCGAUUGCUGCAGAGACGGAUGAAGAUCGCUACGACACAGCAAUACGAGUCGUUUGCUAUGAGUGCCGCUUGGAUGACAUCGAUGCAUCCAGUGGCAACCUUGCAGUCGUGGUAGAUGGGGUAAUGAAGGCCAUGACGUUCUCUAAGAGAGAAGAGAUUAAAGCUUGGGAGCAAGAGUUCGUCCCAUGCGAGCAUACGCUUUGCUUAGUGCAACAAACCCCUAAGCAGACUGAGUCUCAAGAGCUGAGUCAGUGCACGAUGUGUACUUUGAAGGAGAACCUUUGGCUUUGUUUGGAGUGUGGUAACCUUGGUUGCGGACGCAGUCAGUUCGGGGGUUUGGGAGGAAAUUCACACGCGCUUGCGCAUUCUGACUCAACUUCACAUGCGGUUGCCGUCAAGCUUGGCUCAAUAACCGCCGAUGGGAGCGCGGAUAUCUACUGCUACAAGUGCAAUGAAGAAAGGACAGACCCCGACCUUGCCGCUCAUCUUGCUCAUUGGGGAAUCAAUCUGAGCGCGCGCGAAAAAACGGAGAAAAGCCUCAUGGAGAUGCAGGUUGAACACAACAUGAAAUGGGAGUUCUCAACCACAUCUGCGGAUGGCCACGAGCUCACCCCGUUAUUCGGGCCUGGGUUUACAGGUUUGACCAAUCUAGGAAAUAGCUGUUAUCUUUCGAGCGUGGUGCAAUGCCUCUUCUCCUCGCCGGAGUUCCAAAGAAGAUAUUACCAUAGCAACGAAGAGCCACCGUUAUCCCAACAACCUGCCCAGGACUUCGAGACGCAGAUGAGAAAGCUCGCUGAUGGCAUUCUUUCUGGGCGUUACUCAAAGCCCAAUGCAGACGUGAUUGCCUCGCCUGAUUCUCCCGAGGUGCCCCACCAGAAAGGGUUAUCGCCAGCAAUGUUUAAACAUCUUAUCGGUCGUGGUCAUGAAGAGUUCUCAACCAUGAGACAACAAGAUGCGUUUGAGUUCUUGCUUCACUUGUUUAAGCUGAUUCAACGCUCCCAAAGCCCCGAGGGCAGAGGCAACCCCAUUGAAAAUUUUCGGUUCGCUGUCGAGCAGCGUCUACAGUGUCUGUCCUGCAAAGGAGUCCGUUACAGAAUAGAUGAGCAAGACAACGUCUCUAUUCCUGUUCCAGUGCGUCGACAGCUGGGCAGAAAUAGCACGGACCCCUCUGCGGAUUUGGAGUUCGAAACAGUGACUUUCUCUGAAUGUCUCGAUGUUUUCACUGCUAAUGAAAUCGUUGAGCUCAGCUGUCCCUCUUGUGGAAGCAACAAUGGGUUCUCGAAGCGUUCGUCGUUUAGGACAAUGCCGCAGGAAUUAGUGCUAAACGCCCGACGAUUCGAAGUCGUUAAUUGGGUUCCGAGGAAAUUGGACAUCCCAGUGGAUGUCAGCGACGAACCACUAGAUUUCAGCCCAUAUGUUGGCUCCAUGAAGGAAGAAGGCGAAAAGCUCCUACCGGAAGACGAUCCAUCCGAUAGUGGGUUCUCGCCUGAUCAGAACAUCUUAAACCAGCUUCUUGCCAUGGGCUUUCCCAGAAUUAGAUGUGAAAAGGCGCUACAUGCGACCGGCAAUUCAGAUACCGAAGCUGCCAUGAACUGGUUGUUCUCUCAUAUGGAUGACCCAGAUAUCGAUAUACCGCUUGUGGGCAGCAAGGUUACCGGCCCCGCUAACAUGGCCCUACAGGAUCCCUCGAAAAUAGCUCAACUGAGUGAAAUGGGUAUCGAUGAGGAUCGAGCCAAAAGAGCACUGGCUGCGACAGGGGGCGAUGUGGAUCGAGCUCUCGAUUGGGUAUUCAGUCAUCCCGACGAGAUGCCUGAAUAUGACAGUCGUGAUUGUGACUCUGGUUCUCGGCUUCCCGCUAAUAGUAAUGUUCCUGGCUUUCAUGAAACCCCGGCUAGAUACCAACUUCGGGCCAUUGUUUGCCACAAAGGUACAUCAGUGCACGCAGGACAUUAUGUUGCAUUUGUGCGGAAGAAGCUGCCGGGCAGGGAUAAUCCUUCCUGGGUUAUGUUUAAUGAUGAAAAAGUCGUGGGAGUCGAUGAUAUUCAGGAUAUGAAAAAGUUUGCCUAUCUAUACUUCUUCUCUCGAGUCGAAGCUUGA